AUGAGUUAACAAUAACAAAAUUUAAGCACAAUCAAUGUGAGAGAUCUGAACUUCUGCCCUUAUGAAGUCUUAGGCUUGAAACCACUUACUCCAACAAACAAAGAUGUCAGCUCAGCUUUCCGUAAGAUGUCUCUGAUUUGGCAUCCAGAUAGAAACAAGGCUGCCAAUGCAAGAGACAAGUUUGAGCAAAUUAAGGCAGCCUCCUUAAUUCUUCUCUCAGAAACAGACAGAAAGAACUAUGAUGCUCUUUAUAAAGUGAGGCAAGAGGCUAAGGAGAGAAUGGAGCGUCAGGGUGCUGAUAGGAAAAAGAUAAUUGAAGAACUACUUCGAAGAGAAAAAGAGUACCAGGAUUAACUUAGAGGAAGAAUGGGAUCAGAUGGAUCGUUCUCAACAACAGAUGAAAGCUAUCGCAAGGCUGAAAGUGAAAUGGAGAAACUUAUAAGAGAAGUCAAGCUGUAGGAGCAAGAGGAAAGGAAAGAUGAGAAGUAAAAGAAGAGAUAGGAUCAUAUAUCUGAGCACUAUGAUCAGACUACAAUCAAAAUCAAGAUGAAGGCAUAAACUUAAGAGUCUGAGAUAGCUAUGAGUGAAGACUCUGUGCGUAGUAUAAUGUCAGAGUAUGGUACUCUCGAUGGCAUAAUUAUUGAUAAAGAAGGCAGGGUAGCUUUUGCCAUGUUCAAGUAUAGAGACCAUGCUUUAAAAGUAAUUUAAAAUAAGGAUAACAAUACAACUCUUAAUGGCUAUAAAUUGAGGUUAUAUAGUACAUCUAAGGCUCAAGAUAGAGAGGAGAGGAAGAAGAAAAAGUUCAUGCGAGUAGAUCCAAUAGAAAGACUCAAAGCCAAGUACCUAUCAACUAACAAUGGUGGGUUUUCAUUCCCAAGUGGCUCUUAUAAAGUAGCACCUGCUAAAUCUUUGGAGGAAUUAGAAUCAGAAGUGUUUGAAAAGAUUAAAUAAAGAAAAAGGAAUAGAUAAUUACUGCAGCAGUAGGCUUAAUGA